AUGUCCGCUUCUCCGAAAUCAAAUAAUAAAUUGACGGAUGAAAUAUUAGGAGAUUCUUGGGUAGAAUUAAACACUACAGGAAAUGGUUCUACUCCAGAUAGAGUCACACCUUUGCCUUUUACAUCAGGAGAAGAAUAUUUAAGAUUAUUAAGAGAAGCACAAAGGGAAAGCAAUCAGUCAUCAGCUCGAGUUUCUUUAGCUUCGUCAAGAAGAGACAGUCCCAGAGACAGUCCAAAGUCUCCACCAAACAGUCCAAACACCGAAUUAAACACGGAAGACGAAUUCAGAGGAGUCUACAUAAAUUAUUUGUGCAAGGAUGGCGUUUUAAAUCUCGACAGCAAUUCGGAUUGGAUUUGGGAUUGGAGUAGCCGCCCUGAACAAGCUCCACCUAAGGAUUGGAAAUUUAAACAUCCGAAAAGGAAAACAUACAGUAUUCGUAAUGCAAAAGUCGGACGUAAUAGUUUGUUUUCAAAAGAAGUUCUUUACACUUUAUUCAUAACGAAUUUUAUAUCUCUUCUUCUCGGUACCGGAGUCGGAUUGUGGUUGAGCAGAAGAGGUUUGAUUAUUCCAAAAAUAAAUUUAGAAUGA